AGCACGUCAGGCCGGAACGGUCAGCGCUGCAGACAUGCGCCACUAUGGCCAAAGACUUCUCUAACAAGGCCAACAAGGCCAGCAAGGCAGAGCUGGAGGCGGCGCGGCAGGCAGCACAGGCGUCCCUGGCAUCUGAGCCUCCCGUGGAGUGGGUGGACCGGUUCAACGGCCAGGCCCGCAAGGGUUCCGACAUCCUGGUGCAGGCCCUGGAGCGCGAGGGCGUGGACACACUGUUUGCCUACCCUGGCGGCGCCUCCAUGGAGAUCCACCAGGCCCUCACCCGCUCCGACUCCAUCCGCAACAUCCUGUGCCGCCACGAGCAGGGCGAGAUCUUUGCGGCAGAGGGGUACGCCAAGGUGACGGGGCGCGUGGGCGUCUGCAUCGCCACCUCCGGCCCCGGCGCCACCAACCUGGUCACCGGCCUGGCGGACGCGCUGCUGGACUCGGUGCCGCUGGUGGCCAUCACGGGGCAGGUGCCGCGCAAGCUCAUCGGGUCGGACGCCUUCCAGGAGACGCCCAUCGUGGAGGUCACCCGCCAGAUCACCAAGCACAACUUCCUGGUCAUGGAUGUGAAGGACAUCCCUCGCAUCAUCAAGGAAGCCUUCUACCUGGCACGCACCGGCCGCCCAGGCCCCGUGCUGGUCGAUGUGCCCAAGGACGUGCAGCAGACGCUGGAUGUGCCCGACUGGGACUCCCCCAUGACCAUCUCCGCCUACAUGAGCCGCCUGCCGCCGCCGCCGCAGGAGGCGCAGCUGCAGCAGGUGCUGGACGCGAUCCGCGGCUCCAAGCGCCCCGCCCUCUACGUCGGCGGCGGCUGCGUGGACUCGGCCGCGGAGGUGAUAGAGUUUGUGCAGCACACGGGGAUCCCCGUGGCGCAGACGCUGAUGGCGCUGGGCUCCUUCCCGGAGCAGGACCCGCUGGCGCUGCAGAUGCUGGGCAUGCACGGCACCGUGGCCGCCAACUUUGCCGUCAACGAGGCAGACCUGCUGCUCGCCUUUGGGGCCCGCUUUGACGACCGCGUGACGGGCAAGCUGGAGGCGUUUGCCGCCAACGCGCGCAUCGUGCACAUCGACAUCGACCCGGCAGAGAUCCACAAGAACAAGGAUGCCCACAUCCCCGUCUGCGCAGACAUCAAGCCCGCCCUGCAGAUUCUCAACAGGCUGCUCAGCCAGACGCCCAUGGACCGCAGCGGGUACGCUGACUGGGUGGCGGAGGUGAUGGCGAUGAAGGAAGAGAACCCGCUGGCUUACCCGCAGCACGACGACGUCAUCAUGCCGCAGUGGGCCAUCGAGGUGCUGUACGAGGAGAGCAAGGGCGACGCCAUCAUCACCACCGGCGUGGGGCAGCACCAGAUGUGGGCGGCGCAGUACUACAAGUUCCGGGAGCCGCGGCGGUGGGCCACCAGCGGCGGCCUCGGCAGCAUGGGCUUCGGCCUGCCCUCGGCCCUGGGCGCGGCAGCAGCAUUCGACGGCAGGGACGGGCGGCCUAGCAAAUUGGUGGUUGACAUUGACGGCGACGGCAGCUUCAUCAUGAACUGCCAAGAGCUUGCCACGGCCAGCGUGGAGCAGCUGGGCACGAAGGUGUUCAUCCUCAACAACCAGUACCUGGGAAUGGUGAUGCAGUGGGAGGAUCGGUUUUACAAGGCCAACCGCGCGCACACAUACCUGGGUCGCCGGGAGGGCGAGUACCAGGUGACGGGCAACGUGCAGGACAUCUUCCCAGACUUCGUGAAGAUGGCUGACGCCUUUAAAGUGCCUGCCAAGAGGGUCACACACCCCAGCGAGCUGCGCGCGGCCAUCCGCGAGAUGCUCGACACGCCCGGCCCAUACCUGCUGGACGUGAUGGUGCCGCACAUCCAGCACGUGCUGCCCAUGAUCCCAGGCGGCGGCUCCUUCAAGGACAUCAUCACCAAGGGGGACGGCACAGACGUGUACUUCGUGUGAGGGCGAGGAGGAAAAGCGCGGGGAUGGAUGCAGCGGGCAGGAUGCAGCAGGGUGAGGAGGAUGGGGGAGCUAACGAGUGGACGACGGCACCGCAGUUACCGGCGCCACGGCUGCGUGCUGUGCGUGCGUGACUGUGAAUGUGCCCGCUCCUGCAGUAGCGGCGAGCGCUCGCCCCUAAGAGUGCUCGCCCCACGCGCCUUUUUUGAUAGACUAGAUUGGCCGGUGGGUGGCAUCGUUUUUUCACCUGCGCUGCCAGCCCGCACUCCUGGAACCCUCUCUCUGCUGCGGGACAACCCCAACUGUAGUACUUACCUAUCAAAUCUUGUGAGAGCCGGCUUAUUGAGCCCCUUUCUUGUUGACUCGCUGCGUUUGUUUGCCAGCCAUGCCACCCCACCCAGCUGCAACGGCGUGGGUGGCACCUGCUUAAUUGCGCAAAUGGAAACAUCAGUUCUUGCAAACAACACAACCAGAG